AUGGAAGUCUGGCUGUUCCGUACGAGGAAGCGGAUGGCAGUGUUGGAUCUGUUUCUCCUCGUCUUUCGGGGUGUCACCUCGACGGAUAUCAUUGCUCACUAUGCAGCGCAUUCGGGAUGGAGAUACCACAACGUCUCAUUAGAAAGGACGACGCCGACUUUCGGAACCUGCGGGAAGAAAUGCGUGAUGCAGACGCCUCCCUGCUAUGCAUUCAACUAUCGGGAAUCCGAUGGAUCGUGCCAGCUCGUCCACAACGGGAAGAGCGACCUCGUGAAAGCCGAUGGAUAUAACUCCUACACACAGUGGUUGUGCCUAACGGAGUACCCGACGAUCCCGAACGCGAAGGUGUCCUUCGAGGGCUGGAGCGGAGAAUAUCCAGCCCCGAAGGGGGCGAUGGUCACUCUCCUAUGCGAUGAUCCUAAGGGAUUCUCCGACGGCUCGCCUCUUCACACGUCUCGAUGUUCCUCCGGGGCUCCAGAUGCUUGGUGCAGCUCCUUCCAAGAGGAUGACGUCUACUGUGAUGAAAGUCAAUUCAUGGCUAGGGAUUUUGAGAUGACGUUCACCUACCCGGAAUGCCGAUUGACGGAGAAAGGAAGAGAAUACAUCGGGACAGAAAGGCAGACAGAAUCGGGAAAGACGUGCCUGAGAUGGGACACUCAGCCCUAUGGAAAAACAGCCGACUUCCUCGCCACCGUCGAGUAUGACGACCACUUCCUGAACCGGGAUGCUUGGUCCCAGCAGAACUACUGCCGGAACCCGUCGUGGAAGGAGAGACCCUGGUGCUUCGUCGACGACACACAAGUCCAAUGGGAAUUCUGCAAUAUCUCCAUGUGCACGGAUAGAGAUCCUCCCGAAUUCAAGAUGACUCAAAAGGGCGGCGAAUACAUCGGGAGAAAGAACGUGACUAUUUCAGGCCUUCCGUGCCAGUCCUGGAACACCACCAAGCCCCAUCCGGCGAGCGACGAAGUUGCAUCCCAUCUCCCAGGGUUCCCAGAUGCAGAAGACAUCGACGAAGAUCACAACUUCUGUCGCAACCCGAAUGGGGAUGCUGCUCCUUGGUGUUACAGCGAGAAGCGGGAGGAUCCCGGUACGGAAUUCUGCGAUAUUCCGUUCAAGGAAGUGCAAAUCGAAGAAGGAGCCGAAGGGAAUGUGUAUCCAGAAUGCAGACUUUCCGAGAAGGGAAAGGAAUAUAUUGGGACAAAGAGCGAGACCGAGACGAGGAAGUUUUGUCUCGCUUGGUCGGACCAGCGACCCAUAAGAAUUACUGUCGGAACCCGGGGAUAUACCGAGAAAGACCAUGGUGCUUCGUCUCAGACCCUGGUAUCACAUGGGAGUACUGCGACAUCUCCAUAUGCCAUGAUCCGA